CAGAUUGCAUAUGAUACACGCUAUCAGAUCCGUGCACAAGCCCUCACAGCCAGCGCAGACGCACAUUUGAACACGAAGCCGUUCUUUUGCUUCACUUCGCAUUGCAUCUAUGGCAUCCGUGACACCGAAGCUCUCACAGUACAAGGUCUUGAUGUUCGACGUCUACGGUACCCUCGUGGAUUGGGAGACCGGCAUAAUGACUGCCUUGCAGCCGAUCGUCGCAGGGACCUCCCUCGAGUCGAAGUCUGAAGCCCUACGUGCGUUCGAGAAUGUCGAGACUGAUCUGCAAGCGCGCUAUCCGAGCAUGCGGUAUAGCGAACUGCUCGCGCACACACACGCAGAGCUGGAUGCCAGACUGCGCGGCCAGGGGACCGUGCCUGAGCCCGGCAGCGAGGGUGGGAGCACGCAGACAGCGGUGCAGGCGGGCACGAAGGAAGUGGGCAGUACGGAGGUGGGGACGUCUGCAUCUGCGCAGAAUACAGAGGAGACGGACGGACACGUGGCGUUUGGAAAGAGCAUCGCGAACUGGCCGGUGUUCCCGGAUACGAUACCCGCGCUCGAGUACCUCAGCAAACACUUCAGGCUCACCGUGCUCUCGAACGUCGACCGCGCCUCUUUCGCGGCGACCCAGCGCGCACUCGAAGGUCCGCCGGACGGGCGGCGCUUCGCGUUUUCCGCAGUAUACACCGCGGAGGACGCCGAGUUCUACAAGCCUGACCCGCGUGCGCGGCAGUACGCCUUGCGGCGCGUCGAGGAGGAGUUGAGCGUCAAGAGCGACGAGGUGAUGGUGGUCGCGAACAGCGUGUUCCAUGAUGUUAUGCCGGCGAGGAAGAUGGGGCUUGGGACGGCGUGGAUUGAGAGGAAGGGGUCGGUCAUUGGGCAUGAUCAGGAGGAGGGAGCGAAGGCGACGUUCAGGUUUAGCACGCUUGGGGAGAUGGCGGAGGCGUUGAAGCGAGAGGUGGGCGAGUCAUCGUAAAGAGUACACCGUCGCUGCAAAGUAUCCAGCAUUGUGUAAAGUUCGUUGCUCUCGAUGUUCUGUGCACCAAAGCCCAAAAAAA